GGGAGAAGUCGGUAGCAUGAUUUCAACCAGUUCUGUAAUUGUCAUGGUCGCGAAUGCAACAUAAACAAAAUUCGAAUACUGGCAACUUCCUAGUUUAAUGUUUCGGAUUAGGCAUGGUUGUGGACGUAAGUCACAUCGUUUCCACACGCUCCACCGCCGUAGAACCAUGUGAUAAAUACGAAGUGGAGAUUGUUGACAGCUCUUCCGAAGAUGAGUCUUUUGGCAAAGAGGUGCAGCUGAGGAACGGCGACAGUCCACCUCCAAGUUUCGGAAAUAUCGCUGUCAGCAAUUCGACUGAUGUGCAUUUUGGGAAUAAGACCUUCUACCAAGGACCUGUGACUAUUAAACAAUUUUUGUACGAUGCCGAAAAUAUCUCCAAGACCAAUGGAUUUAUCGCCAAUGAAAACAAAGAGUUCAACAUCGAGGGAUCAGACAAUCCCAGUUUCGUUUUAGAAACAGAUAGCAACGGACAAACAAAUGGAAAAGUGCCGUUCACCGAUUCAUCUAAAAAUGAUAAUACGAAAAGUGACAAUAAAAAAACAAAUAAUAAAUUAUUAUUAGGAAUUGCAAUAGCUGUGAUGGCUACUUCGGCGGCUAUCAUAUUGGUUGUUAUAUUUUCUACAAAAAAGCCUUCGUUUAUCCCAGAAGACAGUGCCGAACAGGACAUCAGAGUUCCAAUUGAGGGACCUAGAGAUCCUGUCCUCAGUGGAAAGUUAAAGAUAAUAUCACGUAAAGAAUGGUUGGCGCAACCACCGACAGAACCAGUGAACAAACUAAAUUUACCUGUGCCUUUAGUGAUUAUCCACCACACAGCAACCGAUAACUGCUCCAAUCAAGCCGAAUGCACAUUCUAUACACGAUACAUACAAACAUUUCACAUUGAAAGCAAACACUGGUGGGACAUCGGAUAUAACUUUCUGGUAGGAGGCGAUGGCUUUGCAUACGAGGGAAGAGGCUGGGAGUCGGAGGGUGCACACAGUUUUGGCUACAAUGCUCGAAGCAUCGGCAUUGCGUUUAUUGGUACCUUCAAUAGCAUAGAACCUCCGAAGAGGCAAAUAAUUGCCGCUCAACAGCUCAUCCACAAAGGAAUUAAACUAGGUUACGUUGCCAAGGACUACAAACUAGUUGCUGCAAGACAACUGCAAACCACACAGAGCCCUGGAGAGACUCUUUUAAAUUUGAUGAAGACUUGGGACAACUGGGCUCAGAAUCCGUAAUAAAAAUUGUGAUAUUUCAGACUGAGAAAGGGUUAUAUAAUUCUUCUUAUUAAAUAUAUUUGUUAGAAUUA